AUGAAGAACUAUAUAAGACAUAUUUUUGUGUCAUUCCGGUAUAGGGGGCCGCAGCCAGCCGAGUCCAGGUCGCCGAGCCCUUCGGCCAUUUCUCGAGGGUUGCCCCGAGCUCGCCGCAGCCGGUCGGCAUCUCCCGAGGCAUCCAUUGUGUCGGCGCCCGAGCUGGUUAACCCCAAGCUAUUCCCGGAUAUCGAGCAGCCCGCGUUCGACAACAGCACUCCCAGAAGCGUCACAACACAGCAGGCGCAGACAGUGUAUCUGCACUGCAUCGUCAAUAACCUCGGAGAAAGAACGGUGUCCUGGAUCCGCCGACGUGACUUCCACGUCCUCACGGUGGGCCUGGCCACGUACACCGCGGACGAGCGUUUCCAGGCGGUACACAUGGACCGCUCCGAGGACUGGAUGCUCCAGAUCAAGCGCACCCAGCCCACGGACGCCGGCGACUACGAGUGCCAGAUAAACAUGCACCCACUCAUCUCCUACUUCGUACGCCUCACCGUGCUCGUGCCCCGGGCCCGGAUCCUGGAGUCCCCCGAGCUGUUCAUCAACAGCGGGUCCUCGAUCAACGUGAGCUGCGCCAUCGAACACAGCCCGGAGCCCCCGGUGUUCGUGUUCUGGUACCACAAUGACCGCAUGAUCAACUACGACGCGGCCAAGGGUGGACCCGGGCACAUCUCGGGCGGCAAGCGAGGCCAGGACGCCUACGUCAGUAGCCUCUUCAUUCGCAACGCAAGACCGCAGGACUCGGGCAACUACACGUGCGGCCCGUCGAACGCCGACUCAACCAGCGUCGUCGUGCACGUUUUAAACGCAGGCGAGAAACGUGCCGCCAUGCAGCACGACCUGUCCCCGUCGGGGGCGCUGCUCCGGGUGACGUUGGAUUCAAGCCUGGUGCUCUGCGCCGUCCUGACGACGCUAGGCGCCGCCUCCCGACUCACCUCUUCUUGACCGCCAGGGGGCACUCUCCGCUUCUUCCGUCCACACUGAUGACAACAGAUCUCACAGUGCACCCAAGUGGCGUCCUGAACACGCACUGAGUCCGGAAACCUGGCCAUCACGUUCUGUAUGCGCGUGGCUCCAGGGACGCCGUGAACGCCGCUGACACCUUGGCUCAACCUCGGCGUGUGCCCCAGCGCCGCUAUCCAGACUGACGCAUUGAAAGAAAGAACGGACCUCGAAGGCGCACCAAUGAAGUCACCAAAAGGACAUCGGUGGUGCUUCGCUGUUGCUCGAUUGUGUGUAGGAAUGAUUGGUUGAUAUAAUCGACCCGCGUGGACAGCUACAAUCUUGGGCGAGUUGUGAACUUCUUUCUGGAACCUGUAAAUACGUCCUGUGGCAUACAAGGUGACACAUUCCAUGGUAAUGUUAAGGAGUUCUGGUGCUGGUCUCUCCCGCUAGAUCGGGUCGCCAAGCU